GGCGCCACAACUUCCGGUUGUGUCUUCUCUUUACUGUCCGUAAAGUUCAUAAAUAUGACAGCAAAGAAGGUUCCGAGGCGAGAUUGUACUUGAGACUUCCGCACUCCCGUUUGUGCUUAGGUGAAGCGGUUAGAGUUGAAAGGGGAAGGCUGGUGUUAAACAAUUUAACUCAAUUAUCUGAGAACGGGUUUGCGUUGUGCAAGACUCUCUGGAACGGACUUGCCGGGACUGACAGCUGCCGGAAGUGAGGCUGUGCGUAAUGGCCGCCGCUGCGACCAUGGCGGCUGCCGCUCGGGAGCUGGUGUUGCGAGCCGGGGCCUCGGAUAUGGAAGAGGAGGAGGGCCCGCUGGGCAGUGGUCCUGGGCUUCAGGAGCCACUGCAACUUGGGGAGUUGGACAUCACUUCUGAUGAAUUCAUCUUGGAUGAAGUGGAUGUUCACAUUCAGGCAAAUCUGGAGGAUGAGUUAGUAAAGGAAGCUCUUAAAACGGGUGUGGACCUCCGUCACUAUUCAAAGCAGGUUGAGCUGGAGCUACAGCAGAUUGAGCAGAAAUCUAUUCGAGAUUAUAUUCAAGAGAGCGAGAACAUAGCAUCUCUGCACAACCAGAUCACAGCCUGUGAUGCUGUCCUUGAGCGCAUGGAGCAGAUGUUGGGAGCUUUCCAGAGUGACCUCAGCUCCAUCAGCUCUGAGAUCCGGACAUUGCAGGAACAGUCAGGAGCUAUGAACAUUCGUCUUCGAAACCGCCAGGCAGUUCGGGGAAAACUUGGGGAGCUUGUUGAUGGUCUGGUGGUUCCCUCUGCCCUAGUCACGGCAAUUCUGGAGGCUCCAGUGACGGAGCCCAGGUUCCUGGAGCAGCUGCAGGAGUUGGAUGCCAAGGCAGCCGCCGUCAGAGAGCAGGAGGCUAGGGGCACAGCAGCCUGUGCAGACGUCAGAGGCGUGCUUGACCGCCUCCGGGUCAAGGCAGUGACGAAGAUCCGAGAGUUCAUCCUCCAGAAGAUUUAUUCCUUCCGAAAACCAAUGACCAACUAUCAGAUCCCCCAGACGGCCCUGCUGAAGUACAGGUUCUUCUAUCAGUUCCUGCUGGGCAAUGAGCGAGCAACAGCGAAAGAGAUCAGAGAUGAGUAUGUGGAAACGCUGAGCAAGAUCUACCUAUCCUAUUACCGCUCUUACCUGGGGCGGCUCCUGAAGGUGCAGUAUGAGGAGGUCGCUGAGAAAGAUGAUCUAAUGGGUGUGGAAGAUACAGCAAAGAAAGGAUUUUUCUCGAAGCCAUCACUUCGCAGCAGGAACACCAUCUUUACCCUGGGGGCCCGUGGCUCUGUCAUCUCCCCCACUGAACUUGAGGCCCCCAUCCUGGUGCCCCACACAGCCCAAAGAGGAGAGCAGAGGUAUCCAUAUGAGGCCCUCUUCCGCAGCCAGCACUACGCUCUCCUAGAUAAUUCCUGCCGUGAAUAUCUUUUCAUCUGUGAAUUCUUUGCUGUGUCUGGCCCAGCUGCGCACGAUCUCUUCCAUGCUGUGAUGGGCCGAACGCUCACCAUGACCCUGAAACACCUGGAGUCCUAUCUAGCUGACUGCUAUGAUGCCAUUGCUGUUUUUCUCUGUAUCCAUAUCGUCCUUCGAUUCCGCAACAUUGCAGCAAAGAGGGACGUUCCUGCCCUGGACAGGUACUGGGAACAGGUGCUUGCCUUGCUGUGGCCUCGGUUUGAGCUGAUCCUGGAGAUGAAUGUCCAGAGUGUCCGAAGCACUGACCCUCAGCGCCUUGGGGGGCUGGAUACUCGGCCCCACUAUAUCACACGCCGAUAUGCGGAGUUUUCCUCUGCUCUUGUUAGCAUCAAUCAGACAAUUCCCAACGAGCGGACGAUGCAGCUGCUGGGACAGCUACAGGUGGAGGUGGAGAACUUUGUCCUCCGAGUGGCAGCUGAGUUCUCCUCAAGGAAGGAACAGCUUGUGUUUCUGAUCAACAACUAUGACAUGAUGCUGGGUGUGCUGAUGGAGCGGGCUGCAGAUGACAGCAAAGAAGUUGAGAGUUUCCAGCAGCUGCUCAAUGCACGGACGCAGGAGUUCAUUGAAGAGUUGCUGUCUCCCCCUUUUGGGGGUCUGAUGGCAUUUGUGAAGGAAGCUGAGGCUUUGAUUGAGCGUGGACAGGCUGAACGACUUCGAGGAGAAGAAGCACGGGUAACUCAGCUGAUCCGUGGCUUUGGUAGUUCGUGGAAGACAUCAGUGGAGUCUCUGAGUCAGGACGUAAUGAGGAGUUUUACCAAUUUCAGAAAUGGAACCAGUAUCAUUCAGGGAGCGCUGACCCAGCUGAUCCAGCUCUAUCAUCGAUUCCACCGGGUACUGUCCCAGCCGCAGCUCCGAGCCCUCCCUGCCCGGGCUGAGCUCAUCAAUAUUCACCACCUUAUGGUGGAGCUCAAGAAGCACAAGCCUAACUUCUGAUGUGCCGAACCCUGGGAUCUGCCAACCCUCUCCAUGGACUUCUGCACCCCAUCCCAUAUCCUUCUUUACCUGGGUCUCCCUUCCAGUUCUCCUCUUGCCUCCCAGGCCCUUGACAUGCCUCAUUCUGCCUUCAUUCCCAUCAGGAUAAGCCAGAUUCCCUUGGCUUUCUGAAUCUCCCCAUGUCUUCAGGUUUCCCAGGACCACUUCCCCCUGGGCUUCCAAAAUUACCUUUAUCAUUUUCUCAAUUUUGUCCAUACACAUGCACGGAUUCCCCCCCCCGCCCCUGCCACAACGGUUUCUUCCCCCCAGUAUAUCUUUUACUGCCUCAGUCUCUGGUUCACUCAACUCUUGUCACUAUGUCCUGAGGUACCCCAGCUCCUGGAAUUGGUGGCAAGGGGAGACUGCCUCCAGGUUGUUAUUUUUUCCACUCAAAAUGAUUUCUUUGGCUUUUUGACCUCAGAUCUCAGCAACUUGAACACUAAUCCACCCCCUCCUGGCCUGAGAGUUACUCUAAGGUCACCCUGUAGUAAACAAUAAAUAUUUAAUAUAACAUGAAAAA